AGUUUUGGUCACACUGUGUUUCUGCCAAAUGAAAAUUCUUUAAUAAAAAACUGCUUAACGAUGAACACAAAACAAUUAAUACAAUUGUUCUGCAGAUAAAAAAUACAGCUAGAGAACAACAAAUAACGUGCCCAGUUCCUACAGUGUGUGUGUGUUGUUACCAUUGUUAGCAGGCCAAAUGCUGAAUUUGCACACACACACACACAUAUGUUCAAUUCCGACAUCCAUACACAGAGCCAAAUGGACGCAUAUGUUUAGCAGCAACCGCAGCCGUUUUAUUGGAUGUGGCAGCCCAGUGGCAGGCAAACAACAAAAACAACAAAGCGCAGCAAAAGUUUUGAGGAAUGUUUAAUUAAAAGGGAGCAGAAAGACGAGCAACAAACACACACAAGAAAUGCAGUCAAAAAUGUGCUCAGCUUUAAUUUGCUGAGUGCGCUGUGUGGUCGGCAAAUAGCGACGAGCAGGGAGAAUAACAACAAAGAGGAGAAGCGAGAGGUGGAGCAGCGUGUGAAGAAGCAGAAGGAACUGAAAGAGGAGGAGCUGACGGAGCCCGCACAGAAAGAAUUUAAGGAGAAGCAGGAGGCGCAAAAGGAGAAUUGGGAGGAGCUGAAGUUGAAGCAACGGACAGAGAAGGGGCUGAAGGAGAAGGUGGAAGAGAAACAGAAGGGGCGCAAGGAAAAGGAGCAGCAGCUGAAGGAGGAGCAGUGGAAAGAGCAGAAGGAGCAGGUGAAACAGAAGCGGAAGAGUCAGAAGGAGCAAGAGCUGAAGGAGGAGCAGCUGCAGCAGGCGAAGACGGAACUGAAGGGAAAGGAAAAGAAGGAGCAGGAGUUAAAGGAGAAGGAACUGCGGAAGCAGGAGGAGCAACUGGAGCAGUUUAAAUCAUCUAAUCCUCAUCGAACCGUCUCAGAGCAGCACCCUUUCGAUGUGUUCUCCAUUCGCAGAGCAAGCAGAAAUCGGAACUGUUUUCAACCAACUCCUUUCUACAAUAAUUAUUUAAACUACAAGACGGCAACAGCAACAGGAAUAGCUAAAGAAACAGCUACAGGAAAGGGUUCAGCGACAGGAACAACUCCAGGAACGGUUUCAGCUUCAAAUUCGACUUCAGCUUGGACUUUAGAAACUGCUUCAGCUUUGGGAAUAGCUACAUCUACAGCUUCGACUACACCUUGGGCUACAGCUACAGCUUCCACAUUUGGAAGAGAUGCAAGUUCCGCUUCAGGUUUUGGUUCCCUUUCCACUUCGAUUACACUGCUCAAAUCGCAAUAUAAUCUGUUAAGUUUUGAGCCACAAUUGCGACGCAAUCGAAGCAGAAUUGGCGCUGAUUGCUCUACAAGUCGAUGUGGAACGCCAACUCCGUGUGAAUUUCUGGGAGAGAGCAAUAACUAUAGAAAUCUAAGCUUGUUUUUAGAGCAAAAAAAGCAGCAAAAAGAGGAGGAACAGGAGCAUCAAGUAGAGGAUAAAAAAAGAGAGCAAAAAGAGCAGAAGAAGCAGCAAAAAGCGGAGCAGAAGAAGGAGCAGCUGAAGCAGGAGCAAAAGAAGCAGCAAAACAGUGAGCAAAAAAGAGAACAGAAGCAGCUGGAACAAUUAUAUCUGGAACGGGAGCACUCCCUAAGCAGACAACAACGCCUGACGCGUUUCUAUCUCAGCGAUGACAGAGAUUAUUACAGACAAGAUCGCAAUAAAUCGAGAGCUGAUCAACAGCCCAAGUUGUCCUCAUUAAAAAGCCGCUCUUUAGAUAAUCCCUUGCGCAUCUGGCCCUUAAAUAAUCCCCAACACAAGGAGCAAAAUUUAAUUUGCUUAACCAAACCAAGACUGUUAAUUGAGAGCCUCGAAUUGGAGCAAAAACAGGCAGCGCGGCAAUGGUGGCGACAACAAAGUUCUAACAAAUCUUCGGAGAAUUUAAAAGAGUGGCGAAACAAACAAACUGAGUUCAAUUUGAGUGAAUUAUGCGCCCAGCAAAAUUGCCAGAGUCAUGCGCCAAAAAUUGAUAACUUGUCUCUGGUGUUGGAGUCACAUAAAAUCGGUUAUUUAAAUAAAGUCCAAAAGUCGCCGAGCUUAUUAGGAAUGUCCCUGGCAACAGCCGCGGCAAACUCCAGUCGCGAGGAGCAAUUGAAAGCCAUAAAUCUGGGGCACAAUUUGAAUUCAAAUAACAAUCACCUUAAUAAUAAUCUAGCGCAUUUCGAUUAUAAGCUCAAGUUAAAUAAUAAUAUAAUGGUUGGCUCUUCUCAACCCAAGGCGCAUUCAACGCAUCCCAUUCGUGAUGCGAGCACUUUUACGGCGGCCGAUAUGCAGCCGGAACAGCUAAAAUUAACCUCAGCUUCAUCCGCUUUAUCCUCCUCAACAACAAUUUCCACUCAAAAUCCAGCGAAAAGCGUUGAAAAUUGUUCGACUGGAGGUGGCGCCUUAUUUUUUAGCAGCAGUUUCAAUUCUGGCCCUGGCGUUUUUCAGGAGCGCCACAAAAUGUUAACGCAAACAGCGGAGCUUAACAGCUGCUGUGGCAAUGUUAAUGUUAAUAAUAUUUUGCAACAAACGCAGCAGCAACAACAGGAAUUGCAACAUGAUUCUAGCUUAGAUGGCUGCGGCAUCUCCAGAACUAUUCAAGCGAGCUCUCUGCCCAAUGUCACCUUGGAAGUUUCGCCCACAUCGCUCUCGUUAAAUGCAGCCGUCGUCGAUUCGCUGGCCUUAGUUUCGCAAAAUCAAACGAAAUCGGAACAUUUUACAUUUCACGAUCAAAUAAUAAUGUCGGGUCAGCAGAAGAGUGCGCUGCAGGAUAAACCCAAAGCAUUGGUUGUCUCACCCCAGCAAGUGAUGAUACUCUAUAUGCACAAGCUAACCCCCUACGAGAGGACAGAGAUCCUGGCAUAUCCCCAAAUUUAUUUCAUAGGCGCCAAUGCUAAGAAGAGGCCCGGCAUUUAUGGGCCCAAUAAUUCCGAUUAUGAUAAUGAACAGGGUGCCUAUAUACACAUACCCCACGAUCAUGUCGCCUAUCGCUACGAAAUGCUGAAAAUAAUUGGCAAGGGAAGUUUUGGGCAGGUGAUCAAAGCCUACGAUCAUAAAACCCAUGAACAUGUUGCCCUAAAAAUUGUGCGAAAUGAGAAACGAUUUCAUCGGCAAGCGCAGGAAGAAAUCCGCAUUUUACAUCAUUUGCGGCAUCAUGAUAAAUACAAUACGAUGAAUAUCAUACAUAUGUAUGAUUAUUUCACAUUUCGCAAUCACACCUGCAUCACUUUCGAGCUGCUUAGCAUCAAUCUCUAUGAGCUGAUCAAGAAGAACGGGUUUAAGGGUUUCAGUUUGCAGCUGGUGCGCAAAUUUGCGCAUUCACUCUUACAGUGUCUGGAUGCACUCUAUAAGAACGAGAUUAUCCACUGUGAUAUGAAGCCGGAGAAUGUCCUCCUCAAGCAACAAGGUCGAUCGGGCAUUAAGGUCAUCGACUUUGGUUCAUCUUGCUUUGAGAGUCAGCGUGUCUAUACGUAUAUACAAUCUCGAUUCUAUCGAGCGCCCGAAGUGAUAUUGGGCGCCAAAUACGGGCGGGCAAUUGAUAUGUGGUCCCUCGGCUGCAUACUGGCGGAGCUGCUCUCCGGCCACGCCCUCUUCCCGGGCGAAAACGAAAGCGAUCAAUUGGCGUGCAUCAUCGAAGUGUUGGGUAUGCCCAGCAAAUCCCUGCUAGCCAGUUCGAAGCGAGCGAAAACCUUCUUCAGCCCGAAGGGCUAUCCACGGUAUUGCACGGUGCGCACUAUGUCCGAUGGCAUGGUCGUCCUCAUUGGCGGCCAGUCGAGGCGUGGCAAGCCACGUGGUCCGCCCUGCUCGAAGAGUCUCUCCAAGGCGCUUGAAGGCUGCAAGGAUCCACUAUUUCUCAACUUUAUACGCGGCUGCCUGGAGUGGGAUACGGAGAAGCGCUUGACGCCAUCGGAGGCGUUGAAACAUCCCUGGCUGCGUCGCCGUCUGCCCAGGCCACCCAGUAGUUCCAGUGGAGGCGGUGGAGGAUUAGCUGGAGGCGGCUCAAAUAGCUUGAGUUGCGGUGGCGGUAGCUCUGCGGGCAUUGGCAGCAUUAGCGGCGAUCAGUCACCAGUCACGGGCCUAAAUACCAAUUGUAGCCAUGAGGCAGCCACAACCUCGUCAGCUGCCUCCGAGCGCGAUAACAGUAAUUGCAGCGGACGCGUCAAUCACAUUGGACUCGUUGGUUCCGAUUUUAAGUAUAAUAAUAGCGGCAAUCUCUGUGCGGCAACUGCUUCACCUGCCGCUGUUCCUGUGGAUCUGCUGGCGGACAUCAUCAGCAAGACGAGCGUCAAGUGUGGCAACCUUGAACAACAGGCUGUGGAGAGUGGAUGUGGCAGUGGCAGUGGCAGCAGUGGCAACAAUAAUAUUGCAAAAACAGCAACUACAAUGGCCAGAUUUGGAGCCGCUGAACAUCUGCCCAGCGCAACUGGCACCAAUUCGCCACAGUUUCUAUCAUCGACAGCAAUAAUUCGCAGCAAAUCGCAGGCUUUGCACGAUAUCGAUUGCUAUAUGCGCACACACAAAAGUUGAAAUCGACAUCCAAGGACAUUUAGCUAAAUUUAACGCAAGCAACUAAAAUAUUUAUAUAUUUAGGGCAGUCCCGUUUUGUUGUUAUGUAUAUAUAUUCGUUAUAUAUAUAUAUAUAUAUAUAUAUAUAUAUGGCAACAACACACUGCCAAAUACAAGUGAUAGACUAAUAUUUGGUUAUCGAUUAUUAUCGAUUUACGUAACCCCCUAUUAAAAUUAGGCGCUAGGCUGAGCACAUCCUCUUCCUGGAACUAACACGCACGCACAGGAGGCAAAGAUCUCAAGGCAGGCUAGAGCAAAAAAUAUUUAAAAAAAAAACUAAAAUAAUUUAAAUAGUGGCAUUAAAAACAAUAUAAACAAUAUGAUUAAUUCAACGCUUGCAUUUAAUCAUUAACUAAUUAGGCAUUUCUUCGGAGACUUAAUAUAAAUAUAAUAAUAUAAAAAAUAUAUAAAUAUAAAAUACAUGCAUCAAACAAUU